AAAAAAUGGAAGGUUUUUCAACCGGUAAAUACAUGAACUUACUUGGUUUUAAGAUUCAUCAACAGAAACUGCAGAUAACUUGUCCGGAGUAAAGAGAAGCCCGGAUGACCCUGCUUCGGAAACUUCGUACCAAGGUAACGGGAUAUUCAACAAUGUGAAGGCAGAACCGUCAAUGAGCGCAUUAUCUGGUGUCCAUUCCAGGGCUUACAGUGGUGUUACUGACAGUGAUGAUUCUGGAAGCCAAUCUUACACUAAUGUGAAGGAUAUAAAGACGGCGCGUGGUUUCGCUUUUCCUGCUGAGACAGUACGCUCAGCUGCGACGAUUCCUGGCUUAGCGGUGUUCAGUGCAACCGAGCGUGUCUUACGCGGGGAGACAAAUUUGUUCGGUGUGGACUGUCACGGUUCAGAUAUCCUACGGACGGCCAAGUGGAAGUUAGAUCCUAUGGUUAGUUCGAAACUAUAUUCGAGCUACGAAGGCAAGGGUUUUAAUAAUACACCCCUAUUAUUUCCUGGAAUCUCAAGAGAAUUUGGACACACAAGUAACAUGAGCAUUGGAUACGGUACAAUCGGGAAUCGGAUUCACAGUACGCCCACUUCAAAGACUGAAAUCACUGCAAGCAUUGCAACCUCUGCAAACCCACACUUCACGAGUUAUAUGAAGCAUCACUCAACGCGAGCCAGUCCGCUCACUAUUCAGUGGCUGGUGGAUAACUACGAAUCCGCAGAAGGUGUGAGCCUGUCGAGAAGCGCCCUUUAUUCCCAUUACCUCGAUCACUGUUUACAGCAUUGGCUAGAACCAAUGAAUCCUGCUUCAUUUGGGAAGCUGAUUCGGUCAAUAUUCCUGGGCCUUCGAACACGUCGGCUAGGAACUCGAGGGAAUUCUAAGUACCAUUAUUACGGCAUUCGAAUCAAGUUAACCUCAGCUUUGAACCAAAUUCCAGUGGAUACCAUAAACAGAAGCUAUAUAAGUCAAAGGAGGGUAUCUCGCCCACACACUAACCGAAUAUGCGGUUCUACAACACUCGUGACAGCGUCCUACUGUGAGGGGGAGCGUCAACCAAUUAAAGGAGUUAGCACACUCUCUCAUUAUAUUCCUGUCCGCUGUAUUUCAAGUGAACAAAAUGGAUUAUUGUCGGGAACCCGUAGUGUUCAGAUUUGCUCAAUACCUUCAGAUAAUCGCUGCAGCGUCCCUGAGUACUGUGUCGCAUUGUGCAACCAAUCACCGGAUCUCAUCUGGAGUGACUGGAGCUCCCGAUCGCAUUCCCAAAAGUUGGAAUCAAAAUAUCCAAUCAAUCUGACCCACGGAAACAUUACACCAUCCAGCAUGUCGCAUUAUCGGAUGACAAACUGCGGACUGAGCACUGUAGCCGAAGGGCGAUCAUUAAGCAGUGAAUUGUCAAUUUGCAUGUCAGUCACCGCAGGGGCUGGUCCAACAGCUACCCUCAUGUCGUGGAGCAAUCCAACAAAAGCAACGGAACUUCACAACCUGGUUUCUGAACGCUCUCACUUUGGCUCAAAUCCGGACCAUCGAUUUCAGUUUUCCGAAAUGCUUCAGUUGUGUCAGCUGUCGGGGCUAUCCCUAACCGAAGCAGAUUUGCACCCACGCCAGGUCAAAAUAGAGUCAAUCGAAGAGUCCACCGAUUCUCUUGGCCCGGUAGACGCAAUCUCUAUUCGCCAUGUGGCACAGUUUGUUCGACUGUACGAAGCUCACUGUGCGCGUGUGUAUUCCGAUAUUGUGAACCUGAAGUUAAACGGAUUACAAGCAGCAUGGCACCAAUUUUGGCGCCCGGUUGACAGUUGUGCCCCGUUCUUAGAAUGUACACCUCCCAAACGGUUAUUAACGAUGCUGUGUGAUGAUGUGAACGUCUGUCAAUUUAUCGAAUUAGCCGAUCGGACGCUAUAUCAAUUGUUGCUAGAGCUGAUAAUCCAUGAUAGUAUGAAGCCAAUCCCAGCAAACUUGGUACACGGCAUCCGGACUCUGAUCAAGUUGAUGGAACCAAGUCUUCGCUCGGCAAUUCGCUUGUUUAGUCCACGUUUGAUUAAUACCAAGCUGGCAGCUUUGAGUGGAUUCACCAAAGGUCUUCGGAGGGCCCUCGGGUUGGUGCAUCUCAGCCAAGCUGUGGUGACGGUUAUUCGAGACCCAGGACGCAUUCAGCAGAUGCUGAGUGAUAUCAGCAAAUUGGAUUUGGACAGCAUUGAGGCUCAAGGCUCGUGGGCAAGUGAUUGUCCUGGUUAUGAAGUCUCAGAUGCCUGUAUUUAUCCUGUAAGAGCGCAAGCAUCUACUCCUGAACUCGACCAUAAGAAUGCGUCCAAAUUCCACGCCCUUCAUGAAUCCACUGCUUCGGAUCGGCGCUCCAUACACUUUGGACAGAGCGUCGGAACCAAGUGGUCUGACAACAGCGUUUUUGGACCGAAUUUUCUCGGCUUACCACAAUGGAGAGACGAGAAUGCACCGCGUAUCAGUGUGGCAGAAAUACAUAUGGAGCUGUGUGGAUUACUGAUGUGCAACGCCUCUCUUUCCACGUGGACUUCAUGGUUAGAUCAGAUUGUUGCAAGGAGUCUGGCUAACAGAGUCUCUGGGCCAAAGCGUGCUAGUGCCGCCAGGCAACUCAUGCUUGUUUGGACCUACUACAGCUCUCUACUUAUGCGCGAACUAACACUUCGCUCGGCCGUCAGCUUCAGCAGUUGCCACCUGCUGCGAACGCUAUGCGACGAAUAUCUCUCGUACCGCUUGGAACAACUGGCCUCUAGCCCGCUAACACAGCUUCCUAAAGUCAGCACCAGCUUGAGUACGACAACCGCUGUGGAGUCAAAUGACAUCCCAACUGCAACAAAUGGGCUAUUUGGUGAUGUAAUUAUGGGUACGGAAGAAUCAAACCCACUCAGUUCUCUCAAUGACAGCUGUUUUGAUUUCAUUGACUCACAAAUGUUGUCAUCUGGAUAUGCAGAAGUUUUGCAACCGGGUUUUUCUGGAUCUCCCUCAACUCAUGGACAAACUGAUGGCUGUUUCGCAACGAAGUCACCUGAGACCGGUAGUUCACAACUACUCGGUCAAGGAAUAUCUGAGUUCAGUCGUCAAGGAAAUUAUCUUUCUUUAGGUUUUUGUGCUGAUCCUUUGCUGACGGAGUCCAACAGUAUGGACAACGAGAAACCAAUUCAACUUUGUGAAAUAACUGAAAGCUGGCCAACGAGUGCCACUAGCGGGCUUGCACCGUCAGAUUCUGAGAGCGUUGCUUUGGCAAAUCACCGGAUCGCCACACCACCGAUAUCUUCCUCAAGCUACAGCCUGGCAAACGAGGUGGAUUCGCAGCAUACAGAAGUCGAUUUCAGUGAUCUGAAAAAGCCUGCCAAAACAGUACACUCAAGUGAAUGCUCAGAAGGAGUUCCCGACUCACGCGUUAGAUCAAGUCGAAAACCUCCUAAACAUCAGUUAUCCCGUUUGCACGAGCUUCCUUACACAAUUCACAACCCAAAGGUUCCAAUAAACACUGCAAACUCACCCUGUUCGCUUAAAUUUGACAACCCUGAAUGCUCAUCAACGCCGACUGGCAGCCUUGAUUUGUUUAGACAAAGUCAACGAAGUCGCGGCUUAUACGACACAAGUCCAGUUAACCGACGGUAUAUGAAACCAUUUUCUACCAAUUCUGAGAAGAAGAUAAUUGCAGCCUUAGGUGAUGAUACUUUGAUGUAUCCUUGCUCUCAGACGUCAAGGAAAACCGUUUGUAUCACAAUUGGUGCCGAGGAGAGGAGAAAUUGA